GGUUUAUCCUCCUUGGUCCAUGCUGGAGAAGCGAUCAUCAAUUCAUCAUCAACAAGAAAGAGAGUGAUAGACAAAAUGGGUUCAUCAUCAUCUCCAUCCCCAAACGACGCCGUACUUGAAUCAGCCCGGCCCUUUCUCCGAGGAGAGCUCGAGAAGAUCGACCCCAAACUUCCGUCGUUGAUCGCCGUCCUCAAAAGCGUCGGUGCCGGCGAGUGUUGGCACAAACACGGAAGCUUCCUAGAUCACUUGAUCGAUAUCUACAAGAUCCUCAAGCUAUGGAAAGCUCCUGAAUCUGUCUGCCUCUGUGGUUUAUUUCACUCUGCUUACUCCAAUUCUUAUGUCAAUUUAGCUAUUUUCGAUCCUUCCACUGGCCGUGAAGUCGUUCGUGAUCAUGUCGGUGAAGCUGCUGAGUCGUUGAUCCAUCUCUUUUGCGUUGUACCGAGACAAACUCUGAUUCACGACGAUCUUUUGUUUAAGUACUCUGAUUGUGAGCUCGUUGAGCAUCUUGAUUGUUCUGAGGUUUCGUUGAGGAACGCCAAGGAGAAAGGGGUCUUUGAUGGAGAUGAAGAGUGGAGGAAGAAGAUUAAUGGUUUGGUUCCUGAGAAUGGUGCUGUUGUGAAGCAUAUCAAGACAGGUGAAGAAAUCGUUGUUUCGAGGAGAGUUGUUGGUGUUUUCUUGUUCAUGACAAUGGCGGAUUUUAGUGAUCAGCUUUUUGGGUUUCAAGAUGAGCUGUUCUGUAAUCAUGAUGGGAGACUUGAGUUUAGAGGGAACAACGUGACUGCGUUGUGGCCUGGGAAUGGGAAACCUGGACUGUGGUUGAAUUCGAAUUCGAGGAUGGGAGCGAUUUAUAGUUUGAUUGUGAGAGAAGAGGAGAUUUUGAUGGAGGAGAGGAGAAGGGCUUUUGGUUCUGGGUUUGAAGUGAGAAAGGAGAGAGAUGAGGACAUAGAGCUCGUUGUGCCUCCAGUUUUCAGCUUCUGCACCAAGGUAUUGGAUGCCAAAGAGCAGAUAGAAGCAAGGGAGAUGUACUGGGAAGUUGUGAGCAGUGACACAAGCAAAGAAGGGUACUUGGAGAGAGCAGAGGAGAGAUUGUUGGGGUGUAUUGAGAAGAACCCAUUUGUGGGAGAGCCACAUGUGUUGUUGAGUCAAGUGUACUUGGGAAAGAAGAGAUUCAAUGAAGCAGAGAGAGAGGCAGAGAAAGGGCUUCUUCUGCUCUUGCAAUGGGGAAGUCCUUGGGACAAGAGGAUGUCAUGGGAAGGUUGGAUUGCUUGGGUUAGGGUGCUUCUCAUGAAGUCACAGGAUCAAUCUUGGCCUGAUGUUUCUUGGGGUAUCUUGAACUUGGGUCUUGUGCGCUAAUAAGAUUGUGAAUGUUCACAACUUCUACAUCCUUAAUAAUCACAGAGAUAAUGUUUAGUAAGAGAUUAAUAAAGGAAUCCAUGUAUGUAGGUAUGUGUGAAAUAUUAUUAAACCUUUCAGUCGCUUUUAAGAGUAUUGUUUCACCCACAAAA